AUGGCAGAAGCCGCUGUUUCUCUGGUGAUUGACAAGCUGAGCAAUCUCUUGAUUCAGCAAACCGUUCAGCAGAUCGUAUUCCUCAAAAAUGUUCCUGAACAAAUUCAAAGCCUGAAAACAUUGCUGAUCGACAUUCAGUGCUUCUUGAAGUUUGCAGAUGAACAACAAGAUGACAACCCAAUGAUCCGCAACUGGGUGUCUAAACUUAGAGAUGCAGCGUAUGAAUCUGAAGAUGUCAUUGAGACGUUUAUUGUUAAGAUGCAGGCCUUAAAGAAGAAGGGCUUCUGGGAAAAUUUGUCUUGCUUUCCCAAACGGUUAUUAUGUCUCUACAAGGUGGGGAAGAACAUUGAAUCCAUCCAGAAAAAGAUGCUCGAUAUUGAGAAAAGUCGCCUGACUUUUGGUAUUGAUCAAGUUCUUGGAGAAGGGACGAGCACAAGAGGAGAGGAGCUGCGGAAAUUGCUGAGAUCCUCACCUUUCACCGAGGACAAGGAUUUGGUGGGCCUGGAGGAAAAAACAAAUUCGCUGGUUGCACAACUUCUGGUGCAGGACAGCAGCGGCCGAGUAAUAUCAAUUGUUGGAAUGGCAGGAGUUGGCAAAACAACUCUUGCCAGAAAAGUUUACAAUCAUGUUGACGUGAUUGGAUAUUUUAAUUGCCGUGCCUGGGUUUAUGUUUCUCAAAAGUGCAGUGCCCAGGAAGUACUGGUGGGAAUCAUAAAGCAAGUCGAAAAACAAACCAAGGAGUCACUUGACUUGUUGGAAGGAAUGCAAGAGGCAGAUCUGGAGAGGAUGGUUCGGGAGAAACUUCAAGACAAAUGUUACCUUGUAGUUCUUGACGAUAUCUGGGAAGAAGAAGCUUGGGAUUCUCUGGCAGCAGCAUUUCCUAAUGUAAAUAAUGGCAGCAGACUUCUAAUGACUAGUCGCUAUGAGAAGGUUCCUCGGUAUGCGGAUGCUCUAAGCAAACCUUAUAAGUUGGAAACCUUGGGAGAGGAAGAUGGCUGGCAAUUGUUUCUCAAGAAGGCACUUGCUCAUGGUUUGACAUCAGAAUCCAAGUUGCCCCCAGACCUAGAAGCCAUCGGAAGAAAAAUCGUUGAAAGAUGUGAUGGUCUUCCUCUGGCGAUUACCGUCAUAGGACGCCUAUUACAAGGAAAGAGUGAAUGGAAAAGCGUGCUGGACACUCUCACCGACCAGUGGUCAAGGGGCCGGAAAGGAGUUUCAGCUGUUUUGGCAUCAAGCUACAACGACCUUCCAUCUUAUCUCAAGACUUGUUUUUUGUCCUUUGCUAUCUUUCCAGAAGACUUUGUCAUCCCAACACGUAAGUUGUUCCAUAUGUGGAUCGCUGAGGGCUUAAUUCAUCAAAAAGGAGUAGAAGUAUUGGAGGAUGUAGCAGCAGAUCGUUUGGAUGAGUUGGUGUACAGGAACUUGGUCCAGGUGGUGGCAUUGACUGCUAAUGGGAAGGUCAAAAGUUGUCGAGUCCAUGAUCUAUUGCGUGAUUUAGCUGUUGCAAAAGCAGAGGAGGUAAUGUUUCUUAAAAUCUUUGGAGAAAGUAGUAGUAGUUUUCCCCCAUCUAAAUGCCGGCAUCUUCUUGUUAAUUCUUGCUCUGAAAUGCUAAACUAUCCUGGAGAAUUUGAGCACUCAACCCCUCCUCUCCGCUCCUUGAUCUUCUUCAAUCUUGCUGAAGUUAAACAUGAAUUUAAUUUGAGUUUUGCAAGGUUCAAACUACUUAGAGUGCUUGACCUGCAAAAUAUGAAUACCUCGUAUUUACCUGAAGAAAUUGGUGAACUUUGUCUUCUAAUGUACCUUUGUUUAAGACGCACGAGGAUCAAAAGGCUUCCACUCUCUCUAGGUUGCUUGCAAAAUCUGCAAACGCUUGACAUAUAUAUUGUUGUCUCAGUCGUGGAGGUCCCCAAUGUGUUAUGGAAGCUUAAAAAUCUCCGGCAUUUAUAUAUUCGUGAAACAAUUAAACAUGUACCACUGAAGUUUGAUACUUUGAAGAAUCUCCAAACUCUGUGUGAUGUAUAUCUAGAUACUCUGAUUGGUAACAAAAUGAUGCUGUUAACCAGCAUGAGGAAAUUGGGGGUGUGGAUAGAAAGAAGCUCGAGAAUUGAUGAACUUUUUAGUUCAAUUGCUAAGCUUGAGAACCUUGUCCACCUGGAAUUGGUCAGGUAUGGCGAAGAGGGGUUUCCAUCUUUGAUUGGUCUUUCCCACCUCAAUUAUGUCAAUCGGCUAAGGUUAUCUGGCUGGUUGACUGAGCUACCUAGCCCUCAUAAUUUUCCCCCAAGACUCUCUCAUUUGUCUUUGCUUGGCACAAAACUUGCAGAAGACCCCAUGCCAACACUGGAGAAGUUAGAACACCUUUCCAUUCUGAAACUGAAAAAUGCCUACGCAGGGAAAGAACUAGUUAUUUCAGAUAACCAGUUUCCCAAUCUCACAGUCCUUCAGCUUGAGCACCUGCCUAACUUGAUUGAGAUCAAAAUCGGAAGAGGGGCAAUGCCACAGCUCAGGUGCUUGCGAAUCAGCAACUGCUACUUUGUAGAAAUGCUUCCUGAAGAGCUGCGGUUCAUGGAAGCUCUUGAAAAGGUGGAGGUAGAGGACAUGCCAAAAAGAUUCAUCACUAGGCUUCAUGGAAUGGAUUCAUACAAGAAAGAAAUCUUGGGAUUUUUGGUAUCUCAAGUUGACGAUGAUAAUCAUAGUAAUAGUAAUAUUGAAGUUCUUGGGGAGCCAACAGCCAAGGGAAAGACUUUGGUCAAUUUCUUUGGGCUGGACCUUGGAACAAGAGUGGCAAAGGGUUAUAAUUUUUCACAGUGUCCAAGCCAUGACAACAGCAAAUAUUGUGCGAGAAAGAAUAUUGAAGUUCUCAUGAUUCACAAAAGCACAUUGAAAGAUAAAAAGUUAUCUGGGACAUCGACUGAGCUACCUAAUGCUGGCAUCUUCUUGUUCAUUCUUGCUCUGAAAGACUUGCCUAGUCCUGUUGUUUGCUGGAGAAUCCUGAUCUUCUUUAAUGUUACUGAAGUUGAACACGAGUUUAAUUUGAGUUUUGCAAGGUUCAAAUUGCUUAGAGCGCUUGACCUGGAAAAUAUGAAUAUAUCGUAUUUACCUGAAGAAAUUGGUGAACUUAGUCUUCUAAGCAUUAGGAAAUUGGGUGUGCGGAUCGAAGGAAGCUCAGGAAUUGAUGAACUUUUUGGUUCAAUUGCUAAGCUUGAAAACCUUGUCUCCCUGGUAUUAUUGAUGGAUGGAGAAGAGGGGUUUCCAUCAUGA